GUGGGACCCAUAAUAAUCAAGAAAGAAGCAUUAUGACCGCUUAUCAAAAUAAUCCUUAUCCGUAACGCUACUCAAUUUUCUAUUGGGUAUUUCUAUUGUUCUAUUCUAUUACACACAACACCCAUUUCUGACUCAUCAUCUUUCAUAUUUAUCCAUCUUUUUCUUCCACUUCCAACAACAACAUUAAUCGCUGUACUUUCACGCUUAUCCUUUCGAUUCAACCGAAGAACAACAACAUGUUCCAUUACUCUACUGUUGUUGUUGUUACAGACAUACUAGCAAACCUUGUUACAUUCAUAGCUCCGCUAUGGAUUGCUGUUAUCUUCGGUGUUGUUGUUGGUUGGGCUUGGAAACCUAAAUGGGCUAUUGACCCCAAUAACUAUGAUUGGAAGAAUACUUUCUUCAAAAUUCGGGUUCCUUGGAUUACUCAUUCGGACCUUCAAAAUCAACCCGAUUAUUCUACCACUACUACUACUACUACUACCAGUUCUGGUUCUUGUGAAAAUGAGAAGGGAUUGAAGUGUAUAGUGAAUGAACAUGAUUUGCAAAAUUUGUGUAAGUUGGUUGAGGAAAAAGAUGGUGGACCUGCUUGGAUUCAGAUGAUGGAUCGUUCUACACCAACCAUGAGAUACCAAGCUUGGCGUAGGGACUUAGAGAGUGGACCGCCACAGUAUCGUAGUAGAACGGUGUUUGAAGAUGCGAGUCCUGAGUUGGUUAGGGAUUUCUUUUGGGAUGAUGAAUAUCGGUUGAGAUGGGAUGAUAUGAUUGUACAUGCUUCAACUAUUCAAGAGUGUGAGGUCACUGGAACAAUGAUUGUGCAGUGGGUGCGCAAGUUUCCCUUCUUUUGCAGUGAUAGAGAAUAUAUCAUAGGUCGUCGAAUUUGGGAUGCAGAGCGAGCUUACUACUGUGUUACUAAGGGAGUACCAUGUUCCUCUGUGCCAAGGCACAGCAAACCUAAACGAGUAGAUCUAUAUUAUUCAAGCUAUUGUGUUCGUGCAGUUAAAUCGAGAAAAGACGACCAGAUGACUGCAUGUGAAGUGUUAUUGUUUCAUUACGAAGAUAUGGGCAUUCCUUGGGAAGUCGCUAAGCUUGGAGUUCGUCAGGGUAUGUGGGGAGCCGUCAAGAAGUUCGAUCCUGGACUACGUAUAUAUAAGAACGAAAGGGAUUCCGGUGCUCCACUGUCGCAAUGUGCUAAUAAUGCCAAAAUCAACACCAAAGUAAGUGCUGACUAUGUGAGAUCUUUGGAAGACUCAACCAGUAAUAUAUUGGAGAUGCAAAAUCAGGAUUCGUCUGACAAACUGACCGGGAAAAGCAUACCUAAGCUUCUAGUUAUUGGCGGGGCCAUUGCCCUUGCCUGCACUCUUGAUCAAGGGCUAGUGACUAAAGCGGUUCUAUUCGGAAUAGCCCGAAGGUUUGGAAAAUUUGGAAGGAGGUUGUGACAUGUGAGACACGUUAUGUUUUUUGUUUAUUGUCGAGAAAAUACUAGCCGAGUUAUUUGUGGCAAUAGAGUUAGAAAUUGAAAUGUGACCUUCUUGCCUUCAAGCAAACUGUUUAUUCUGUAUAUCUAGUUGGCAGCCAUGGUUUAAGGGAAAUGAUAUUAUUCUUUUCUCCAUUUGAAUGAGGAUAAUAAUGCAGCUUUUAAGUGAAAAUAUGCACAUUGUAUAUUUAAGUCAUUGAAAUGGAGAUUCUCAUGCUGCAUGAAUAAAAUCAAUAUUCAGGUUUUUCUUGA